UCUAUGGAAAGAAAAUGGCGCCACGGUUGAUUUGUUAUUGUUAUUGUAAACUGUAGUUUUGUAACAGAUUUGUUUGUUGUUGUUCUUCUAAUUCUCUGUAAGGCGAUGGACAAGCGCACUACAUCGUACAACAGAGUGAUGCCUCGCGUAUACAACAGAUCUCACCCAAGUUUUAUGGCGAAUUCUAAAGUUACGCGCCACGAAAGUUCAACGCGAGUUGGCGCGAAAGCGAGUUGUUCAAACUUAGGUUCUAGUGUUUUUAGGGAAUUGCCUUUAGUUUUGAGUGGUUACGAGCCUGAGCAGCCUGUUGAUAAAUCUAAAGUGCCGAAAUAUGGUGCCAAGCCAAAGAGGACAAUAAAAUCGCAAGAUCCGUGUAAAUCACCUCUUGCGUCUGUGAGGAAAGUUCAUGCUGGUGAAAUUAAUCGUCCUAUACGUGCUCACGGUUCUGCUCCUUGCGUGACUGACUCUGGAAGUGUGGGGUGGUCGGAGCAUCAUCUCAAACAGUGUUAUUCGAGUAGGUCUCAUACAAGAAUCAAGGAGUUAAAGGAUGAGAUAAAAGCAUUCCAAAAGACACAGAAGUUGAUGCAGCUCCGCAGUCACCUGUACAAGAAGUGUGGUGUAGUGUUGGAUGAUGUGGGGCAAGUUGCUGAGGACAAGGCAGUGCAGGCGCAGGCACCAGAUAUCGCACCAGGAGAUAACGAAAGAAAGGAGCGGAGAGAGGAUGCCGGAGCCGUUGUGUCUGACGAACAGAUGAGACGCGCCGUCACCACACCCACACCCUACCCAGUCGAUCGAUAUUUGGUUGAAAGCAGAAAAGAAAUUGAUAUGGUUAACAUUAUAGAUGACGACAUUUGGAACCCCAAGCCAACGUUGCGACCCGAAGAUGAGAUUCUCUUGGGAAAACUUCACGAUAUGCUGCAAACCACAGCGGAUGAUUUGAAGCUACUCUCCGGGGAACUGUCCAAGUAUCGCGAGCCAGGAAUACAAGUGAGAACAUUACCAACGCCUUUAGACGAAGAAUUUAAUAAAAAAAUUCAUAUAGAAGAAGUUGUAAAUGCAAAAUUCUAUGGAAACCAAAUAGUUGACAGAACUCAACCUAUUCCAAUAAAGAAUAAUGUACUACGUAGAGAAAACGUUGAUCGCACUGUACAAAUGAAAAACGUUAUUAAUAACAGAAAUAAUGCAGUAAAUAAAAAUGUCCAAGCCGAUAAACCGUCGAUGCUCAAAAGACAGCAAACAAAUAAAAAAUUACAAUUAUCACGCACAAAUAUAAUAGAAAUCAAGGAGCAACCUGGCGAUGAACAACAACUAGAAAUGAACAAUAAACAAAAUAAUAUCCAGGAAAAAAGGAAUGUAACGAGUCCAGCUGUAGCUUAUAAAGAGGUAUCUCAUGAGUAUAAUAUUAAACCAACCGUAAACAUUUUAUCACAUAAAUCAUUGCAAGUUCAAAGUAUGCCUAGUAUUAAUAUUAGAAGUGAAUUAAGAUUACAAAACGUUUUACAGCUAGAUAUUUUACCAGUAAAUAUGGAAAUAGCCACACAAGAGCCAUUGCAACAAAACGCGUUAGUGAUUGAAAUGAAGUACGAACCACCAUUAAAACAAAAAGACCUAAUAAAAUUUGAUAACAGUCAAUACAUAUCCAUAAAUACGAAGAACAGAUCGACUAUGCGAAAAGUUUCCACAAUGACAGCAUAUGAGAGUAGCGAAUCAAAUAAUAUCAGUUCGGAUUCUCAUCAAAUAUUAGAAAAAGAGGUCCAUAAUAUACCUCCUAGCCGUAGAUCUUUCACAAUAAAUCAGAAAGUGAUGCAAAAUCAAAACAAAAGUAGAACUAAUAGAAAAAGUACUUGUCGUCCACAAGCUCAUAUAGAGGAAUGGAAAAGAAAGUUGAAUACCGUAUAUGGCAGACCUGCUAAGAUAAAAACUACUGAAGUUAAAAGAAAAGCAGAAUCUUUAAAAAAAAUUGGUAAGAACACUGAAAUGACAGUUAAAACGAAAGAAAAAAAUGUUCAACAACAAAUGAAAUCUGGCUUGAAUAGCACGGAGUACAUACCUUAUUCAAAAUUAACAGUAGGAGGGGUAAACGCAAGUGAUAUUGAAAGAGAAAUAUGUAAAAUUCCAAACAAAAAUAACAUUGCAUUAAGUCCCAUAUUGGAUAAAAUUUUAAGCAGUCGUGAGAACUCGUUUCAUAAUGAUAGCCCAAGGAAAGACUCCAAAAUAAAUAGCCCGAAAAUUCUUACUACAUCUGAUGAAAACUUACUACAAGAAGUUUUAGAUAUUGAAAAAAAGGUUAAAUAUACAUUAAAUAAUAAUAAUAAUAAUACAGCCAUGACCAGUGUACUAAACAACGUCACGAAAGAUGAUAGCUAUGCUGAUGAUUUCGAAGAUGAAAAAACAGAUGUCUCUAAUCAUACACAACUUAGUAAGUCCCAAACAUCUAAAUCAUCCCAAAACUUACCAUCAGAUUAUUCAGUUCUAGGUGAAAACGAUAAGCUUGAAGUUGCAACGGAAAAAAAGAUGAAAACUAAUGAACGCACAAGUGAUAGUAAUCUUACUUUCACUAAAGUACCAAAUUUAUCAUUAAAGAACAAAGUGGAUGUAUUUGAAUUCGUUCAUUCUUUAGACACGCACGAAACUGGUACUCAAAGCAAUACAACAAAUAAAAUAAUUCCCAAAGAAACUCAAACUUCUCCAAGAGAUGAUAAACCUACUGUACAACCGAUUCACAAUGAAUUAUGGCCAUCGAUUGAUCCCAGAGGGGAGGUAGAAAAAAUGCUUAAAUUAGAGAAAGAGUUCAUCAAGAAACUAAUUAUUGACGAAUAUGGUGAUUUGUUGGAGAAAAGUUUAAAUAAACCGUCUACAUCAGAAAAAACUCACAAUGAAAGUCGUGAAAGAAAUGUAGCUGCUUCGCAGAAAAUCACACAAACUUCUCCUGCUCACGUCAAAAGUGUCAUGACUUCGCCAACCAGAACAAAAACACGUACUACUUCACCCUUUGCCUUAUCUGUGACCGUUUAUCAACAAACUAGUCCUGCGUUUUACCCCGGUUCAAAUUCAGAAGAAUUAAAUAUUGACUUAGGAAAUGACGAUGACCUUGGUAUUUCUGCAAACUUAUCUUCACCUCGAUUUAGUUUGCGUCUUCCACAAACUUCUAGAGAAGUUCUCUCGAAAUUGGAGUUUAAACUACAAAAUAAUAAGAAAACUGCUAAAUAUGACAACUUACGAAAAAAUGUUUUCAGUAGUUCAAGUUCUGUUGAUGGCGAUUACUCAUCGACAGAUAUAAGUAGUUUAGGGGAAAUAAAUAAGAAAUUCAAAAGACUAAGAAAGAGUAGAAUUCAUUCUAUAUCGGAAAUAAGUUCUACAUCGUCCCAAUCUAAGUAUAAUUCAGAUGCACUAGCGCCUAUACUUCCAUUAAAGAGUGAGGGGGAAGCCAGCGCAGUACGAAUGCAUAGGAAAAAGACAAAUAAACAUAGUAAAAGUGAAGGAGAAGUAAGCUUAGGACAAUUGCAUUAAUUGUUUUCUCGUUGCUUACAGAAACAGAUUUCUAGCUGUGUGCCUUAUAGGGCUUAUUUGCAUGGUUUUUGUAACAAUAAAGAGGAGAUUCUAAAGAACUUUGUAAUAGCUUACAGCUACAAGACUAUUCUGAACGGAGUUUGUCCUUUUUAAUUGCAAAGACAGGACAGAGAUGCCACUAUUUUUGUAUCACAUCAGGUAUUUACGAUUUAGGUCGUUUAUAACUGAGUCCCAUAAAUUGUUUGAAUCAAACAGAACUUUAGUUUUGGUUAAUUUAAUUUAUGUAUUUUUAUGGCUCUUUAUUGUUACGAUGGCUUUAAUGUAAAUUAGUCGUUAAUAAUAUGCGUUUGAACUUAAAUAUUAUAAUAGUUUAUUUAUUUUAAGGAAAUUAGGUGUUGUUUAACUUACCUCAAGUACAAAUUGAUAAUCGCUAUUUUACUUGUGAUAUAUGUACAUAUUUUUAACUUAAUUUUAAGUAUAACACUUAACUAUUAUUGUAGUUAUUUUACAGUAGUGAUGUCGUUUAAAUAAUUUUGUUUGUUGUAUGUUUUUGUAUAUGACUGAGUAAAUACUAUUUUGAGAUUUAGUUGUUUUUUGUUUAAUUUUACGUUGGACAUAUUUAUACCAAAAUCUCUACUAUUUGAAGAUUAUUAGUCUUUAAUUUGAUGUCCCAUACUUUUUUUAGCCUUGCGUCGUGCUAUACAAAUCAGUCAAAGAAAUUAUAUUAUUAGAUAUUUAACUUCACUAGCGCGUCGAAACUGAGGCGGACAAAAGUGGCUAAUUGUCCCCAUUUCAUUUAGUCGUAUUGUAAACAACGACAGUUUUUAAUUAAAUAAUACCUAAAUAUUGUCUUAAAUGUCGGGCUGUGUUGAAGAUGUGUAAAAACUGUAUAUACAUAAGUGUAUUAUAAUGUAAGUAAACACAAAAUUGUGCAUAUUAUGUUCGCUCAGUGGACUAGUAAAUUGAUUUCACUUUUGUGGUGAUUUUGAUGGCACGUUAGUUACGUGACGUAACAUAAUAUCUAAUAGUAUAAAAUCUUUGAAAUCGUUCUUCGCCCGCACUACACGAGCACUCAAUUGCAGUUAUCAGGUAUAAUAUGUAUUAAUUUAGCAGGUAUAAUAUGUAUUAAUCCUGUACGCAUAGAUGAAUUCUAAAUUAAUUUAUUAAUUCUAUGCGUUGCGGAGCAUUUCAUUGUUGGUUGUUAUUUUCUUCUUCUGCUUAUUUAAACUUGCUUCUUCUCUGUCACCGGAAGGGAUUUGAAUGAAUUGAUCUUUUUAAUUACACAUGCCUUCUUGGCUUGUGAAAAUAUUACCUUGCCUUUUUGUAUAAGCAUUCGUAAAACCCUUGCUUGCUUGCUUAAGUUACCCUUGCUUGAUUGCUUAAGUUACCCUUGCUUGCUUGCUUAAGUUGCUUGUUGUGGUUGCUUUAAUUUUUACUUCCCACAAGCAACUUUUCUGCUCUUAGCUAUUUAUGGUCGUCGGACGUCGAACGACAUGGUCUCAGCUCAGCUCUGACGAAUGCCAGCAAUGACGAAUAUAUUUUAUCGACAAAUCGAUGGCGCAUAUACAUCCACCGUCUUGUCAUGUCUCAUGUCUGGCACGGAGCUCGACGGCGAUUCUGUACUCUGUAAAGUUGUAAAGACCGUACGACGGGCGCCUUAUAUUGAAAGUCGUUCCCGCCAACCCAUCGCUACCCCUCUCUAACUCCCUUUUGUUAAAACAAGUUGCGCCAUCUAGCGUCGGCACGAGCCAACACUAGAUCGAGCGACGUCAUAUCCGUCUCAGACUACUAUUUCCUACAUUAUAUAGAUACACUUGUACCGAUUCGUAAGUCUAUGCUAUAUACAGAAAAGAAAUAGACCUCAGAGCCGUAAACAAGUUGCACAUUAAUUAAAAAUUAUAAUAUAUGGACAAAAUCGUAGACAAAAUCAAAUACACAGAUGGAAAGCAUCUAUCGGAUUCGGAUCGAAAUCUCUCAAAAAAGAGGCCAACAAAAGCUACGUUCUGCUAAGUGAUCAGAACCUCCAAUUAAUUAAUCCUGCAGCUGUUCCACACGACCACGCUUGUUGUGGUCGGGCGAAAACGUCACUAAUCUUGCUCAACUAAGGAUUACUCUUCUAAAGAGAUGUAACGUCGUAGGCGUUUAUCAUAAAUAGGAAAUAUAUUACGAAUCUGUGGUUGUUGACUAUUUCAGGCGCAAUUUUUCAAACUCAGUAUUACAGAGUAAGCGACAAAAUAUAGCGACAAUAAAAAAUAUUUUGUUAUUUUAAUUUGUCAAUGAUGCGAUUGUUAUAAAUACUUUUUUAAUUAACUUUUAACUUUGUCAAAAUCAAUUUUGCUUGUAUGAGGAAAUGCGGCGGAUGCUGUUUAAUCGUUUAUUACCUUAUCUGUCUGUGUUAAUGCCAAAAAAGACAAUUUGUCAAUGUCACUACCUGUCAUUGUCAUUCACGCUCACGUCUACUCACGUCUGUGGUGUGUGCGUACUCAGCAGGCCGGGUCAACUCUCGAACAAAGUUUGGUUAUACCUACGGGGGCUAGACCUGUGGUGUCAUCAUCCAUACGGUUUUACCGUCUGGUAGUUGUAGCAAUAUUAUUAUCGUUAGUAGCUCACGCCUGACAUAAUAUUUUGAUAAAUCUAAUACAUUUUUAGAUUUAAAUAUGACUUUUAUAACUGAAUAAAUACUUUUCUUCUACAAAAAUAUAGAGAGACAAUCUCGUUGAAUAUUGUUUUAGUAACGCAUGGGUAAGAUUUUCUAAACGAAGUGUGGCAACCCCAAUUACUUAAUAAAAAAUAAAAAUGUUAUAAAAUGAAAAUGGCGUCAUUUCACCAAAUAUUUUAAAACACAAAUUCACGAAUAAUAAAAUAAAUGUUUGCCACGGCCUGUCAAUAUUUAUGAAGACCUCUUCAUGGAUUGGAUUUAAGCAACCUGCUGUGUAAUAUUCUCGCCAUUCUUGAUGUUGAGAAGAUCUAUAAGUCUUUUACGUUUCAUCUGAGUGUUGUGGUUUUUCAUUAUGUUAAAAAUAAGACUUUGUUAGUUCAAGUGUCUCUAUAACCAUGAAGAAGAACAAAAAAAAUGCUUUGAGUGUGGUUCUUCGCCUGCCAAUGAUCCAGAGAAGACCCUACAGAGAUUACCGAAACUUGAUUCUACAAAUUUAGUCUCCGGUAUGUACCUACUUUAAGUUUUAGCUAAUAAUAAAAUACUUUAAUAAUAGCUAUUGAUCAGAUAAUGAUUACAUUAGUUAGUUAAUUAGGUUUCUUAGUAGUCUUCUCAAGAUAUGGGAAUUAUUAAAAUCCUACUAAUUCUUAUGAAACUCGUGCUCAAUUAUACAAUUAUGCUGGGUUUACACAUUAUGGUUUGUAGAUGCAAUGCACCCCAAAUAACUGUCUGACCUGCAGCUGUCUGAAUGUUUACUUCUCUGGAUCUACUAAACAGAUUUUCAUUUGGUCAUCACAGGUAGCUUAAUCUGGAGCAACAUAAGGUUAAUUAUGAAAUGGUAAUGAAAAUAAACAUCUGAGAAAAGCAAAUUCCAUGAACUAAUUUGAAAGUAUCUGUUAACAGAAGUAAAUUUUUUACUAUACCACUGUUCAAUAUUAAACCACAGGUAUAUGUACUAAAGGCAGGUAGAGUAAAAUUUGAGUUUUAUUUUUGAAUCUAUAAUAAGUAGUUUAUAAUUAUGUAAUGAUGAACCAGAACAAUUUGUUAAUUUGAAACUACAAUUACAAGUUUUUAUAAUUAUGUUAGGCACUAGGCAGACUAAUGAAGAGUAUGUUACUUUACUUUGUACGAAAAUCUGUUCUUUGACAUGAUUAUAGAAUAAGAUGAUAAGUGAUGAUGCAAUCUAAGAUGGAAGUGAGAUAACUAGUUAGGCAAAGGAUGAAAAUCCACACACAUUUCUGUUUCUACAUAAUAUCUCACCGGAACACUAAAUCGCUUGCCAGUAGGGUAUUAACUAGCCAGCCAGACAUAGACCAGAAAGAAAACAUCAAUCGGCCCUGCCGGGGAUAGAACCCAGGACUUUUGCGUAAUUAAUCCACUGUGCUACGGAGGCCAUUUCGGCAAUAUUUUUCUUGCCUUGAUCUAUAAAUGCUUUUGCCAAUAAUAAGCUACAUUUUUCAUUGAAGGUUGUUUGAAAGAAAUAGCUUUUAGCUAUAAGACCUAAGCUUUGCACAUUUUACUUUUUUUUUUCUUUUUGACAAUGUAGCUUCUGUGAACAGUUGAGGAAUUCCCUCAUCUGUGUUUCUGUUCUAUCAUAAGAUUGCCUCCGGACAUUUUAGUUAUAUUUCUCACCUGGUUCUUGUCAAGGUUUUGUAAUAAAUAAUAAUAACAAAUGAACUAAGUAAAAAUGGCUAUGUGGUUAGUCUGUCUGCCGUAGAAGUAGGUGCAAGAGGAUUACCAACAAAAUCUUUCUAUAACUUGUUUAAAGACCUUGGCAUCUUUAGGACUGCAGCAACUUCUAUGUAGAAGAAAGAGAGAAAGAAGAAUAAGUAUCCAAAGCUGCUUUUAGUAGGAUCUUACCAAAUUUGGCUAAGCAGGGAGAACAACACAAGUAGGGGAGUUUAAUCAAUUGUCAAGGAAUUCCUUAACCCUACAUCCUGUAGUCACAACUCCAGGACUCUGCUCGGAGUAUUUCUCUCUACCAGGCGAUGGACCUGGCACCUGCACGAAAUGCUAAGAUAUUCAUCUGUCUCUUCAUGCGUAGUAUGUUUAUGUAUUUUUAAUUAAAUUUACUCACUCUCUUUAUUUCAGUAAUGUCCAGAUAAUCAAUGAUUAGACUAUUGGACUUUUAGAAUAAAUUUUACAUUGAACUAUGAAUGGUUUGUCAUCUACAUUUUUAAAAAAGACGAGAUGUUUUGCCUGUAAGAAGAAGAGAGAGAGAGAAUAAGAAGUUAAGUUAAACACCUACUGUAAAAUGCACACUGCUCCAAUGUGGGUUGAUAGUGGUAAUAAAGUUAAAUUAUAAAAGGAUCACUAUCAGGUGUUAAUGAUAAUGACUGGGAUAUAUAGCAUAUCAUACUCUCUGAGAUAUAGGGAUAUAACACCAGCAACAGCUCUCCAGUGAUGCAGUACAUAGCAUCAUUGCUCUUUACAUCUACACGCCAUAGCCAAUUGUGGCAAUCGAACUCAUCAUAUUAGUGUGAUGAUCAUGGAUGUAUUUCAGUGUCUAUGUGGUUGUGAGUGUAUGCCCAUGUUAAAUAACAAGUAAUGGCCCAAAUAAUAAGUAGCCUAUAUGUUGCUCAAUAAUCUUUUCUAUCUUCCAGUAAAAGUCCCAUUAAAAUGACCCUGCUGUUCCAGAGAUUAGCUCAAACAAACAGACAGAUGAACAUUUUAAAGAAGUAUGACUGUAUGUCAGUAUUGUAUAUAGGCACUUGAGAAAACACAGUUAUUUUGAAAUCACAGACAUACACUUAAAUUUUAUUUAUAUGUAUUGGGGCUGGUCAUAAAUAUAGCAUCAGCUGAAACAAACUAGGCAUAGUUAAGUUACAUUUUAUACAGGGUGCUCGGGACUAUUUCUCAUAAAUUCAAGGUGUUGACAAGUCCACUUAUAGGAGCUACCUUAGCUACUAGUUUAUAUUGAGGAGAACUUUCCACCUAGAUGGGUUGUGACUGUAUUAGGGGUCUGGUGAUGAAGACGAAGGACAGUUAAGAGAACUCCUCAAUGGUUCACAAUAGCUACCAUGUGUUGAUAAAUUUGUAUUGAUGAGAACUUUCCACCUAGAUGGGUUGUGACUGUAUUAGGGGUCUGGUAAUGAAAACAGUGAAGGGAACUCCUCGAUGGUUCACAGUAGUAAUUAGUUUGAUUCUAAGUCAGACGCAAUCAAAUACAAUGUUUUAUCACGACUCAUAGCAACAUACCUUUGGCGCUAGAUCAAUAUCUAGGAUGAUUUCACUAAAAAUGGAAAAAUAAAAAUUAUUAAUAAAAGAAAUUCAACCAACUUCAAAAACAUAAAACAUACUGGCUAAACUAAAAAGCGAAAAAUAAUAUUAUACUAAGUUCAUAUCAUAUUAUGUUCUAACUGAUGAUCAGUUUGAUGGCUGUGCUAAACCGAUGUUGUUUUAAUUUAAGCUGUUACUGAAAGAACUAUAUGAAAAAACACUGUCAGAAAAACCUAAAUAUUUAUGAUAUUCUUACAUGGUUUGAAUUAAUACAUCAUUGGGCUAGCACCACCUUCAAACUGAUCAUCAGUUAGAACAUAAUAUGAUAUAUAGAACUUAGUAUAAUGUUAUUUUUCGUUUUUUAGUUUAGUAAGUAUGUUUUUGAAGUCGGUUGACUUGUUUUUAUUAAAGUUUUUUAAUACACAUGUUCCUUAGACAUUUUAAAUUAAUUUUCCAUAUAGAACUUGGGGCUACCCUAGAGUUAUGGGAAAUACUCCCGAGCACCCUAUAGAUGCUACUUAAUCCUACUAAUCCUUCAUUCAUCAGUAUCGGUUGGUGGGCUUGGAGUUUAUAAAGUAUAUAUAAUUUAUUUAUGAACAUUCCUCAUUCAGUUGAGCUUUUACUACCCAUAACACAAGCUAAGCUUACUUUGAGUUAGUGAUGUGUGUAAUGUGUUAAUAUAAAUAUUAACCAACUUUCUGCAGUUUGAGAAUACGCGGAUAAAAUAUAGCCUAUGAUACUCAAAAAUAACGUGGCUUUCUAGUGGUAAAAGAAUAUUCAAAAUUGGUUCAGUAGAUCCAGAGUUUACCUGCUAGAACACCACUAACUUUACCUCUUUAUAAUACAUACUAGCGGACGACCGCGACUUCGUCCGCGUAAAAAUCGAUGUCAACUUUCAACCCCCAUUUCACAUUCUAUUUUGCAAGUUUUAUAACUUAUACCUUGUACCUAAAAAAAUUAAGGACUUUCCGUACAAACUUUCUACCCCUACUUCACCCAAUUCUGAUUUUGUUUUCACGACAAAAAGUAUCCUAUUAUCCUUCUACGUAUUAUGGUCUCAAAUCGUCUUAAGUAUCAUUUGAAUUCAUUCUGUAGUUUCAUUGUGAUGCCCGGUCCGGAGGCAAACAGACAGACAAAAAAUAGAAAAUAGGCUUCAGUAUCGAUCUCCUACCUCUACCCUACUCCUACCCUACCCGUACCCUAACUGUAUCCUACCCCUACCCUACCCGUACCCUACCCUACCCGUAAUCUUCCCUUUCCCUACCCCUAGUAUAGGGGUAGGCCCUACCCUUACCCUACCCCUAACCUAGGCAUACACUCCCCUACCCCACCCUACCCCUACCCUACCUUUACCCCUACCCUACCCUUACACAACCCCUACCCUACCUGUAUCCUACCCUACCCUACCCUAUACCUCCCCUACCUUACCCCUACCCUUAGCAAAAUCGGUCCAGCCCUAUGAGCGUGGUGCGAUGACAAAGGAAAAUAAAGGGCGUCAUGUAGCGGAAUUUCUGCGUCUUUGAGAAAUUUUGUAUUAUCUCCGAAACUAUUUAACUAAUUAACAUACUAUAAAGGGCAAAUCUUAUCUCCAUAAUAUCCUUGUGAUUAUUAAAUAAUUUAUUUUGAUAAGGAUUUAAGUUAAGUAGCAUAAAUAAUGACACAAACCUAAGUAUAUAAAAUUUAUAAUUUUUAAAACACAAAAGGUACUAUAUCUGCUAAAAUAUAGAAGAUAGAUAUAUGAUGUCGCGGACUUUUUUGUAAAAUUUUUAAAGAUACAUAAAGCCUCCAUACAUUAAUUUCAAUUUUACACAAUGGUUAAGGCAGCGCAUGCGAAUAAGUCUGCUUAAGAGGAUUUUCGGUCCGACCUGUAUGACAAAAACUUUUUUUGAAAUCGGACCAGUAGUUCCGAAGAUUACCCCAUUUAAAAAAUGUGACAAACUAACAAACUUUACCUCUUUAUAAUAUUAGUAUAGAUAUAGAUUAACAACCCAUUUUCGGCUCAUUGUUGAGCACGAGUCACUUCUCAGGACGAGAGGGGUUAGGCCUUAGUCCUCCAUGCUGGCCCAAUGCGGAUUGGCAGACUUCACACACCUAGACAAUUAAGAAAAUUCUCAGUUAUGCUGGUUUCUUCACAAUGUUAUGCUUCACCAUUUAAGACAUUUAAUUUCAAAAUGUUUCUUAAAAGAAGGAAAUGCUCAAUAUUUCAUAGACCAACCCAGGACUCAAACUCAGAAUUUCAUGAUAGUUACACUGAACCAAUAAAGCAGUUAGAGAGAGAGAGAGAGAGAGAGAGAGAGAGAGAGAGAGAGAGAGAGAUAAAUAAGUGUUUAUUAUGUAUUAAAAUUAAAAUAUAUACCUAAUGCUUUCAGCAAUCCUGCUUCUUCACAUGAAUUUUACCUGCAUGACGAUGGUUUUUAAUAUAAAAAAUAUUUACACAAUGUCUCAAAAAGCAAUCAAAGCUUUGAAAAAUAAACAAUGUUCGCAGAAGUUCAGUACCAACAAACUCACAAAAAAUGAGCCCAAAUUUAGCAUUACUUGCAAGCCAGACUAAGAAAUUUCAAGAAGAUAAUUUAAAAGAAGACAAUAGAAUAAAAUAAUAUUAACACACAAUGCUUAGCAAAUAUAGCAUUAACAGAUGGAAACCAGGCAAUAGGUGUAGCAAAAUAGAAGAUGAAGGUCUAGCUGUGCCAGUCAGUGCUGAGCCACACAGUUGCUGCUGGCAUGUUUGCAAAAUAAUAAAAAAAAUAAAAUAAAAUAGCCUUUUAUUUUGAACAGCUUUUGGUUACAUGAGUGUUGUGUUUGAUUUAAUUGAUUAUAUUAUGUCCCUCUGUUCAAAGUGUCUUCUGACAUAGGCCUCCUCCAGCUGCUUCCACUGCACCCUGUCAGCCGCAACUCUGGUCCAGCGUGGCCCCAGGGUUAGGCGGAUGUCGUCCUCCCACCUUCUUAUUGGACGUCCACGUUGUCUGGUACUGUCCCUUGGGUACCAGAGUGUCACCUGCUUGCUCCAUUUAUCGGUUGUGCAGCGCAACAUGUGUCCCGUCCAACGCCAUUUCAAGAGGUCGAUUCUAAUGAGAACAUCAGCGAGUUUUGUCCUAUGUUUUACCUCACUUGAGGUGAUCCUGUCCUUUAGUCUUAUACCCAAAAUACUUCGUUCCAUUGCCCUCUGACACUUAGCUAACUUUUCUCUAUGUUUUUGUGUCAGGGACCAAGUUUCGCUUCCGUAUGUUAUACAAGGGAGUAUAGACGUAUUGAAGGUUUUCCUCUUAAUGGACAUAUUUAUUUCUUUGCUUUUCAUUAUUUCCUUUAGUGACCAGUAUUUUCUCCACCCACUAGCAAUUCUCUUGUUUACUUCUUUUGACAUUUGGUCUAUAGGAGCAAUUAUCUGACCCAAAUACACAUACUCUUGUACAUACUCGAGCUUAUUUCCAUCCAGAACUAUAUCAACCUCUUUUGAGUUAGUCAUUAGUUUUGUUUUUGCAGUAUUCAUUAAAAGGCCUACUUCUUUACUUUUACUGGCUAAAGACUGUACCAUUAUUUGUAUUUUAUAUGGGUCCUCUUCCAGCAAGAUGAGAUCGUCUGCAAAUCUCAAAUGAUUUAGGCGGCGGCCAUUUAUAUUCAGACCAUAUUCAGCCCAGUCAAGGCGUUUGAAGAUAUUCUCCAGCACUGCAGUAAACAGAUUUGGUGACAGUGGGUCUCCUUGUCUAACACCUCUGUCUAUAGGAAAUGGGCUACCUAUCGUUUCCAGUUUUAUACUCCCUUUGCUUUGUCUGUAAAUGUUUUGCAUGACAUUUAUGUAGCAGAUGUCCACUCCUUGCUGUUUUAGUGUUGACCAAAUGUAGUUGUGAUUCAAGCUAUCAAAUGCUUUAGAGUAGUCUACGAAAAUUAUAUAAACAGGCUUUUGGUACUCUUUGCUCUUUUCUAAAAUUUGUUUGAUUGUGUGAAUAUGGUCGAUUGUGCUGUAGUUUUUUCUAAAUCCAGCCUGCUCUAUAGGCUGAUUCUCGUUCAGUUGUUGUGCAAUUCUUUCUAGGAUAACUUUUGCGAAGACUUUGUAGAUGUUCGAUAUCAAGCUUAUUGGUCUGUAAUUGCUGAUGUCUUCCUUAGGUCCUUUUUUGUGCAGAAGAAUUAUGUGAGAUUUACCCCACUGCUCUGGAAUCAUGCUUGUGCUAAGAAUGUAUUGAAAAGUUUUGUUAGAAUCGGAGUCAAUUCUUCAGCUGUACCUCUUAACAGUUCGUUUGGUAUUUUGUCAGGUCCUGGAGCUGUUUCCAUUUUUUGGGAAUAGAUAGCUCUCUGUACUUCUGUCUUGAGUAUGGGUGGUAUGUCGUUGUUUAUAUUUGUUGGCUCCGAGUUUAUUUCUGAGUCUUCGUCCUUGUCUGCCUUUGAGUAGAGAUUUCUGUAAUAUUCUGUAGCUAUUUUCUGAAUUUCUUUCCGUUUUGUCUCAAGGCCUGACUUAUUGCUUCUCAGUUUGGGAAUCCAUUCCUUUCCAUGGUCCUUUAAGUCUUUAAAUGCCUUUUUGGUACCGCCUGUUUUUUGAAUUGUAUAUUCUAAUUUUGUUAUUCGUUUUAAUUUCCUAUCUUUCCUCAUACUUUCUCGUAUCUGUUUACUAAGUAUGGCGAUACUUUUUCGGUCUUUGUUUUUCUUUGAUAUUAGUAAUUUUCUUUCUUCCAGUAACAUGAUUGUUCUAUCACUAAAUUUGUUGUUGUUUUUGAUCAUGUUUGGUUUCAGUGUCGUUUGGAUAUGUGUCAGUUUUUCCUCUAAAUGGUUAUAUUUUUCAUGUACACUUUUAUCGGAAUUUACAAUAUCAAUGAGAGUUUUGAUGUCAGAUGGGUUAGUUAUUUUUGCGUAUUCUUCAGGUGGCAAAGUGUUGGUAUUGGUUAUAGAUCUUCGUGAGUUUUUUGAAGGGUUCACCUUGAGAAAGCUACGCACCAUGCGGUGAUCGGUGUUAAAAUUUAACUUUUGUAUGACAUGUGUGUCAUUGAAAUGUUUGACUUUGUUUGUGAUGAUGAAAUCAAUUUCAUUUUUGGAUUUUCCAUCUGGAGAUAUCCAGGUCCACUUGUUUCUUUUCUUUUUCUUGAAAAUCGAAUUGAGUAGUGCCAAGUUGUUUUGUAUUAGAAAAUCUAUUAAUAUGUAUCCAUUAGGACUCCUCUCUCCAUAACCAUACUUACCGAGUACAUGUUCUUCCCCUGGUUCUCUUGUAGUGCCUAUUUGUGCGUUAAAAUCGCCCAUGACAAUGAGGUUAUUAUUGUCAUAUUUUCUUAUUAUGUCUGAUAGCUUGUUAUAAAAGUCCUCAAUGUCUUGUUUAGGUGUUGUUUCAGUUGGGGCAUAUACUUGAACUAUGGUCCAUAUUUUUUUGUAUCCAGGUAGUUUAAUGUUGAGUACUGCCAUUCUGUCUGAUAUGCCAAUCAGCUCUAGAAUGUAUUCCUUUAAAGACUUCUUGAUAAGGAAUCCGACACCUCUUUUACCAGCGAUUGUGCCUUUUUGAAACAAUAUGUAACUUUCUCGUUCGUCUAUCUUCUCAUCUAGUCUUCUCAUUUCGCAUAUGCCUAAAAUGUCAUAGUGUAUGUUUUCUAAUGCUUUUUCUAGUUCGGCUAAGCUUUCUUCUGUUCUUAACGUUCUAGUGUUAAGAGUAGCAAUUUUAAUUGUUGUGCGAGUUUUGGUUUCAGUUGGAGGGGUGUGGUCUAGUGCUCCCGCGGGGACCAGCCGUGUUGGGAGACAAAAUAGCACAAGGUGUAGCAAAAUAGAAGAUGAAGGUCUAGCUGUGCCAGUCAGUGCUGAGCCACACAGUUGCUGCUGGCAUGUUUGCAAUAUAGCACAAGGUGUAGCAAAAUAGAAGAUGAAGGUCUAGCUGUGCCAGUGCUGAGCCACACAGUUGCUACUGGCAUGUUUGCAAAAUAGCACAAGGUGUAGCAAAAUAGAAGAUGAAGGUCUAGCUGUGCCAGUCAGUGCUGAGCCACACAGUUGCUGCUGGCAUGUUUGCAAUAUAGCACAAGGUGCUGUAAAAUGAAGAUAUAUUGUUAAAUAUCAUGAGAUAGAAAUAAAAGAUGAAGAUCUAGCUGUACCCGUCCCGAGCCACACUACUGCAGCCACGUUGCUGCUGGCAUUUUUGCAAAAUAGCACAAGGUCACAACAAUUGAUGUAACAAAUAUAAUCAAUGGACCAGGCAUCUGCACCAUGAUUCUUUGGAAUACUAAAAUUCGUCUCUUUAUGUCUGUACUUCUCAUAAUGAAAAAUGUCACGUUUUUAUGAAAGAAAUAAUGGAAUCAAAUAAUAAAUAAAACAAGCAUAUGCUGGAAGUCCUCAGAAACAGCUCCGACUUUGAAUCAGAAAUGUUUUGGUGGACGAAAUUAUUUAAAUUGUUAAAAAAUAUCUAUGCUAUUUAUACAUAUAUAUUUUUUUUUAAAUACAACCGACUUCAAAAAUACAAACUUAUGCAGAAAACUAACAAACGAAAGAAAAUAUUAUAAUAUUUUCUAUCUAUUGAUCACUUUGAAGGCGGGUCCAAUUAUCCAAUGGUCCAAUUAAUGGGCCGACAAUUAGUUAUCUAUUGUUUACUAGCUAUAGGGUUCGAAUUGCUUUUUCAUAUGUUUAAAAGACUAUCUUCGGAAUGAACCCUUUAUAAUAAAAAAGUAUUAUCAAAAUCGGACCGGUCCGACCUAUUUAACCAUUUAUAUAUUCAUUAUAUAUAACCAUUAAUUUUAGUAUACAACCGAUCGGUUGUAUACUAAAAUUAAUGGUUAAACAAUCAAUCAUUCUGUUUUCGUAAUGUAAAACCAAGCAUAACUGUAAACAUGAGUAGUCCGAUUUUGAUAAUUCUUUUGAUUGAUCAUUCUUGAUUGUUUUAGUUUAAAACCAAGCAUGUCUUCGAAUUCCGAUUUGAAUAACUUUGUUUUAAAUAGAAAGGGUAUAUUCCGACAAUGGUCCCAAAUCAUUAUAAAUUUUAAAAAAACGAAGAUGACUGGUUAUUUUCCCAUUAAUUGUAUUGUAAAACUAUGCGUAACUUAUUACGAAGUGGUCCGAUUUCGUAAAUUCUUUAUAGAUUGUAAAGGUAUUUUGAUUGUAAAGCUUCCAUAUAAAUUUUAAAAAUCAAUCCUAAAUGUGCGAUUGAUUGUUUUCUCAUUCAUUUUAAUGUAAAACCAAGCAUAACUUUUUAUUGGGUGGUUCGAUUUUGAUUAUUCUUUUUUUGAUAGAAAGGGUAUAUUCCUAAAAGUCUCAUAAAAUGUUGGAAAACAAUUUCAAACCUAAUAGUAGGAAAAUAGAAGAUGAUUAAUUGUUUUCCCAUUUAUUGUAAUGUUAAACUAUGCGUAACUUUUUACUGAGUGGACCGAUUUUGAAAAUUCUUUACUUUUUGUAAAGGGUUUAUUUCGAAGUAGGUCCCAUAUAAAUUUCGGAAAAUAAUUCGAAUCCUUAAGGUGGAAAAAAACGGUACGAUUGAUUGCCUACCCAUUAAUUGUACAAUUGGCACCGGCUUCAAAGUAAUCAGUAGAUAGAAAAUAUUAUAAUGUUUCCUUCAGCUUAUUAGUUUACUGCAUAACUUUGUGUUUUUGAAGUCGGUAGUGUUUAUUUUUAAUUAUUUAUUAUAUAAAUAGCAUAACUAUUGUUAAAUAGUAUAAAUCGUUCCAUCCUCACUCCAAAAGAUUUCUGAUUUCAAAUAAUAUGAAGAAACAAACUGAACAAAAAAAAUCAUCAAAAUCAGAGCUGUUUCUGAGGAGGUAGAGGGUAAAUGCUCUAUUGAUUCGCCUAAAAGUAAUAUUAUGUUAUCGCAUUAGGUUGUAAAGUUUGGCUAAUGAAAGUAGAGACUGAAAUUGCCCGCCAAAUUUAAAAAUCACAUGCGUUUUCAUAAUUUAUUUAAAUUAGUUUUUCUUUGUGAAUACAUUAUUACCUAUACUAUAAGUGUUAAACUCAGUUAUUCCAAUAUUUGCACUAUAAUUUUGAGAAUUUACUCCGAUUUUUUAAAAUUUGGCGGGUGAUUUCAGUUUCUACUUUCAUUAGCCAAAUUCUAAUAAUUUUAUUGUUUAUGAAAUUUAUACUAAUUAGAAAGAGGAAGAAAUUUGAUUAUUUGUUUGUUUGCAUUGAAUAGGCUCUGAAACUACUUUGCUGAUUUAAAAAUUUCUUACAGCAUUAUAAUCAUGGAUUAGGCCAUAAUUGUUAUCUCUGUAUUCCCACGGGAACGAGAACUACGCUGGUGAAACUGCGUGACGUUUGCAUAGUUUAUCAUAUGUACAAAUAUCCCGACAAUCUAUAUUUUUAUGUAUGAAUUGGUGAAGUUAUAAUUGACUUGAUUUUCCCAAAUAUCUCAGUGAAGUCAAAUACCCAAUUGAUGCAUAGAUAUAUUUUUAUUUUGGUUUUCAUUUUACUUUAAAGAUAAAAUUUAGUUUUAGAAGCAAAAUGAAUAUAUGUAGAUUAUAUUUAAGGUGCUGAUGUUUACUUAGUAAUUGAUUAAGUGCAUAACAUAUUUAUUUGAUAAUAAAGACAUUUCAACUUGAAA